CUGCUUAAAUAACUCAUUCACGCCCCAUCCCCCCCCCACAACACCCCACAAAAACCAACACAACCCUCGCAAUGCCGCGCACUCGAUCCUCCGCUCCCUCGGAGCCACCACCGCAAUUGGCGUCAGCGUCUCCUCCAUCAGAGUUUGAACAACAACCCAAACAGCCUCUAAUUCCAACCAAGCCCAGCAAAACCUUCAUCCUCCCCUCCACAGCCAGCCCCAAAGCCCGCUUUCUCACCCUCCCCAAUCCCCAAACCAGCGAGCCCACCCGCUACUUCUUCUGCCCGCAACAGGGCCUCUACGAAUUCACCACCAUCACCUCCACGGCGCCCGCCGCACGAAGCAUUCUCUUUGCGCGCAACAAUUCCACAACUCUACACCCGCCGAACACCUCAACGUCAUCAUCAUCCUCGCCCGACGACAACACCACUGACACCUUACCCUUCCAUCCUCAAGAGCCAGCUCCGCGCGCCCCUCCAUCCCUAAUCUCGCAAGACGCAUCCAUCCACCUCGCCACGCCCCUCGACUUCAUCUUCUUCCUCAUCCCCCUCCUGACCACCGCCAAAGCCACCCUCUACCAGCCCCUGGACGACAUCAUAGACUCGAUCCAGGACGAACUCGCCCCGCACCUGCGCCAUGUCCUCUACACCGAGCCCUUCCGCGCGACCAUUACCGCCCGCGCCGCCGCGAUCUGCGACGCCGUCGAAGCCGGCGACGAGAAGCUGUUCCGCUUCAGCGAGAAGAAGCUGCUGAUAGAGCUGAUGACGAAAGCGGAGAGGGUCCUUGCGGUGCACGGGGGCAAACUACCCCCGAGUCUGGAGGAGCGGUUUGUGCGGAGCGAGCUGGCGAUGCCGUUGACGAUGGGGGUGAAGAGCCACGCGGCCUCCGCUGUGACGGUGGAGGUAGUUGUGCCGAACGGCGGCACGAAUGGGGAGAAUAAAGAGAAUGAGGUCGAAGGCGGCAAAAGGGAGGAGGCCCCGGUAGCAGCCGAGGAUCCGACGACGACGACGACGACGACGACGACCGCGGUUUCAGAAGAGGAAGAACUGCUCCCCGAAGGACCAUCGACCCCCGAUGGCGUGGCGGAGCUGCUGCGCCUCUCGACCGCGUUGACUUUCCUCAAGGAGUCGUAUCUGUCCAAGGAGAUGGGGGCCAGGAUCGAUGAGAUGCUGGCUGCCCCGGACGCGCCGCGGGACUUCCGGCCCAUGCGGGAGCAUCUCGAGCUCGUUGCGAAAUUGAGGAAGGAGGCCCUAGCGGCGCGGUCGUUGGGGGAUUUCAGUCGGAAACGCAGUGCUGAGGAUGAAGAGGCGGCGGAAUCGCGGGCAGAGAAGAAGAGGCGGCAGGAGGAAGAAGAGAAGAAGAAGAAGGCCGGCGAGUCCAGAGGCGUAAGGGACUUGAAGAAGGUCAAUACCACCGGGAUGAAGAAAAUGAGUGAUUUCUUCGGAAAAGCGGCAGCAAAAAACAGGGCCUGAUGUGGCUGUCUGUUUGUUUCUUCUUGAUGGUAUCUGGAGGCGGGCGUUCACUGGAUCGGGAUUUGGUGUAUAUCAUUCUGGAUCAUUUAUAGAACGGCGUGCCGUGCUUUACGAGAAUUGCAU